CGACAUUAAUUUCUUUCCCAUAAGCUUCUCUCUCUUUUAGAUUCUCAGCAGAUACCCCUCGUGUGCUCCCCCACCGUCCUCUAUCAAUGCCCUCUUCUCUUUCUCUCUCUUUCACAAACCACCACCAGUUCUAUAUAUUUCUAUAUCUAUCCAUUUUCUAUUAUGUGUAUAUAUACAUAUACACGUAAAUAUAUACACUCACAAAUAUUAUAGAGAUAUAUAUAUAUAUAUAUACUUAUUGAGAGACUUGAAUAAAACCCACUAAUACUCUGUUUGAAGCUUUUAUAUUGUAAAAUUCCAAGAUGGAAUUCUUAUCCUCUGUUCUUCUCCUCUGUAUUUCUCUCUCAAUCAUCUCUCUCUAUCUUCUCCUCCGAACUUCCCGCCACAGGAAUCUCCGGCUGCCGCCCGGGAAUCUGGGUCUCCCUUUCAUCGGCGAGACUCUCCAGCUGAUCUCCGCCUACAAGACCGAGAAUCCCGAACCGUUCAUCGACGAAAGGGUGAACCGGUUCGGGCCGAUUUUCACAACCCAUGUGUUCGGCGAGCCUACCGUUUUCUCAUCCGACCCGGAGACCAACCGGUUCAUUUUGCAGAACGAAGGGAAAUUGUUCGAGUGCAGCUAUCCCAGCUCCAUAUCCAAUCUGUUGGGGAAGCAUUCUUUGCUUCUGAUGAAAGGGAAUCUCCAUAAGAGAAUGCAUUCGCUCACCAUGAGCUUCGCUAACUCUUCCAUCAUCCGAGAUCAUCUCCUCGACGAUAUCGACCGGUUGAUCCGGCUCAAUUUGGAGUCUUGGACCGACCGGGUUCUUCUCAUGGAGGAGGCCAAGAAGAUAACAUUUGAGCUAGCAGUGAAGCAGCUAAUGAGCUUUGAUCCAGGAGAAUGGACAGAAUCGCUAAGAAAAGAAUAUGUACUUCUUAUAGAAGGUUUUUUCACCGUACCUCUACCACUCUUCUCCACCACCUACCGCCGAGCCAUCAAAGCGAGGACGAAGGUGGCAGAGGCUUUAGGAUUGAUAGUGAAGCAGAGAAGGAAAGAGAGUGAAGAAGGCGAUGGAAAGAAGGACAUGUUAGCAGCUUUGUUGGCCGGAGACGAUGGAUUCUCCGAUGAACAGAUUGUCGAUUUCUUGCUUGCUUUACUGGUCGCCGGCUACGAAACCACCUCCACUAUUAUGACUCUAGCCGUCAAGUUCUUGACGGAGACUCCUCUAGCUCUGGAUCAGCUCAAGGAGGAACAUGACCAAAUUCGUGCAGAAAAGAAGGAUUCUUUGGAGGUUCUUGAAUGGAACGAUUACAAAUCAAUGCCAUUUACUCAGUGUGUUGUUAAUGAGACUUUACGACUCGCCAAUAUUAUAAGUGGGGUAUUCAGGCGAGCGAUGACAGACAUCCAUAUUAAAGGGUAUACAAUUCCCAAAGGAUGGAAAGUGUUUGCGUCAUUUCGUGCAGUACAUUUAGAUCACGAACAUUUCAAGGACGCUAGAACUUUUAAUCCAUGGAGAUGGCAGAAUAAUUCGGGAGGAACGACAAACGUUUUCACGCCGUUUGGAGGAGGACCAAGGCUGUGCCCUGGUUAUGAGCUUGCCAGAGUAGAACUCUCAGUUUUCCUUCACCGUUUAGUUACCCAGUUCAGGUCAACGCCAUGUCUAAUGUGUAGCAUUAUGUAAAAAAUUAAACACUACAUAACAUUUGGUUUGGGUUCCUGCUGAAGAGGACAAGCUGGUUUUUUUCCCAACCACAAGGACGCAAAAGAGGUACCCAAUCAACGUGAAGCGCAGGACAAUGUAUGGGGAAGCUAUGUAAAAAAAAAGAAAAAGAGUAGGAACCCAGAAAUAGAGAGAGCUACCAAAAGAUGGGAAUCAGAGAUGUUGAAUCUAUUAAUAAUAAUGAUAAUUAAUUAAAAAUAAUAAUAAACCACUAGCUUCUUAUAUGUAAAUUAAAUUUAUUAAUUUUGUUUUUUUAAUUAAGAAAAAUGUGGUUAGCAGCAUCAUUAGCAGAGUCAAGUGAGGGAAUCUUUUAGGUCCAAGUAUGCAGUUUCAAAUGGACUAUUUCUUCUUUUCCUGUUGAUGGCAUUUUGUUGUUGGAGAGAGAGAGGGAGUUGUAAGAUUAUUUUAGUUCCUUGGCCUCUUCUUCUUAAGUUGGUAUUACCUUUCUCCGUCUCUCUCCCCACAUAAAAGCAGUUGUAGCAGAAAUCUACAAAAAAAGGAGCUUAUGAAUGAAACUUGGAUAUGUGUAACCUAUGGUAAUAUAUGAUAUAUAUAUAUAUAUAUGUAUGUAUGUUUUUUU